AUGACGCUGACUCGGGAUCUGCAGGAGGGUCCAAAAAGAAUGCAGGAAAGAUUUCUGAUAGUGAAUACUAAUCAGAGAGGUAAUUCUGAUAAAGGUCAGAAAACACUGUUAUCUGAGGUGAAGUUUUCGAAUAGCAGAGAAUAUUCCGAUGAUAGGAACAUCGAUGAACUUGAAUUGCCACUGUUUGAGUUUCAUGUUAUAUCAGAUGCGACAGACUGCUUCUCUUUAGCAAAUAAACUUGGAGAAGGAGGCUUUGGAACUGUUUACAGGAUUAGCGCUAUCAAGCAGUGUCAGACACCGGACACGCCUUCAAUGAAAAGUGUUGAACUAUAUAAGCACCCUUUGUUUACAACGAAAUCCAUACAAGUGAAUGUGGGAAAUACAGGCCUAGACUCUAUUUUAUUUGACCAAACAAAGAAUUCCAAGCUAGAUUGGCCAAUGAGAUUCAAUAUCAUAUGUGGAAUAGCCAAAGGGUUACUUUAUCUUCACCAUGACUCAAGAUUUAGAAUCAUCCAUAGAGAUCUCAAGGCAAGCAAUGUUCUACUUGAUAGAGAAAUGAAUCCAAAGAUAUCAGAUUUCGGGAUGGCUAGAAUUUUCGACAAUGAUCAGACACACUCUAUUACAGAGAGAGUUGUUGGAACAUAUGGCUAUAUGUCACCUGAAUAUGCAAUGGGUGGAUAUUUUUCGGUGAAAUCAAAUGUUUUUAGUUUUGGAGUUCUCGUGUUGGAGGUCUUAAGCGGCAUGAAGAAUAGAGGAUUUCAUUUCUCAGAUGAUCAAAAUCUCCUCGGACAUGCAUGGAGGCUGUGGAACGAAGGGAAAGUAUUGGAACUUAUCGAUUCAUCAUAUGCAGUGGUGAUGAUGUUGAAUAGCGAAACAACAACGCUGCCGCAACCGAAGCAUCCUGGAUUCGUUCUUGGAAGAAAUCCAGGUGAAUCCGAUUCAUCUUCGGCUAGACAAGAAGAAUCACACUCAAUAAACCAAGUCACUGUUACAAUAGUAACUGGCAGAUAG